UUUUUCCUUUUCCUUGUAUGUAUUCUAUUAUUCUACCAAGCUAGUUAGCUAGCUACGCUGCUGGUGCUUCUGCGCUACCAGUACUCACAUGGCGUGCGUACCGGAGGAGGAGCGACAGCGCAGGCCCAAUUGUGCCCAUCCCGGCUCUCGCUUCUCUGCAUCAUCAUCCGAGCCUGCCUGCGUGCCUGCCUGACUGCACCCAUUCGUUGUGCAAUAAACUAGUCACUCUCUCUCUCUCUCUCUCUCUCUCUCUCAGUGAAGGGAGCGGGGCACCAAGCUCUUGCUUUACCACGGUGGCCUUUGUCACGCGGCGUUUGUUUCGAGGCGCGCCGAUUCUGCUCCCUGGGAUGCACUUGGUUGUGGGUGUUGGCUUGUCCGAUUUUGACUUCGCAUGGUAGUGUUAGGGUUGGAGGUUAGCAUUGAUGGUUCCCCGUUUGCUUCCUUUCGAAGAUUCAUGGAAUUCCUCUCGUCACUUGCGAAGACAAUCGGAAUCGUCACUCGCUUAGCUUGGCUCCGCCAUCGUCUCGCGUUGAGGAGAGUUUGAUGUGUGGUUGUAGCUUUACCCAGCUGAACGUUUGUGGAUUUUGAGCACUGGCGGAUGAUGAGAUUGGUGAGUCUGAGAAAUACACAUCAACUUAUUCCGAGUGCGUUGCAGGGCUCCUCUGUUGCGUAGAAGCCGCAUGAGGGUCGUUCGUUCGUAAUUGUGCUUGGGGUCGGGGGUGCGGGGAAGUUAAAUUAUUGCAGUGUGCUGGCGUGACGUUUUGGGUACUGUUGGAUGCGGUUGAUGAACGUGUCCUGCAGUUCGAUUUUCUGUGGUUCGGAGUGAUUCAGCCAGGAACAGACGCUCAUGUACCUCGCCGAUGUGAUCGGGGGACAUGUCUUUAGUCAAUCACUGCAGCUCUUGCUUGAGAAAGAAAUCCUUUUCUGAAGCGGGCAAAAGCUCUGCUGUUCUUGCACUCCGACAAGCCAAAUGUAAUUAGCUGGUCUAAUUCACAAUGACGGCGCUAACAUGUUAAGCAAUCGCGAAGUUUGGAAGAGUCCUCGUGAGGGUGUGCAGGCGAAUUUUACAUUCGGGACUAGAGUUGCUGCUUCUAACUCAGAAACAGAGAAAAUGUGAUCUAAGCAUCAUGAGAUUCUUGUCCCUUAAGGUGCACAGGAAUCCUUGAUACGGAAAUCCUUUUUAUCGUGGUGGACACAACAACAAUAAUCAUCUAAUGACGCCGACCGAAUUGGGAAGAACCAGAUAAAGGAAAAGGGGACAGGCCGUCUCCGCAGCGUGCUGAUUGUAUUAUACCCCAGGGACUCCGUGGUGAUUGCUCUUACAGACAGGCAUGGCAGACUGUAUUUCCAAAGUGGAGACAACCACAAGGCUUGUUCAAUUGCGUGUGGACAGCCUCGGAACUGGCUGUUAUCGUCGAUCAGAUCCUUUCAAAAUCGGCCUCUGGAACUGGCAUAUACUCAUCGAGAAAAAGGCAUCCCUGAUCGUGCGUCUAUACCCAGAACAUUGCCGCAAGGAGCCAUCGCCCAUUGCCACUUUCACGGUUCGGAUUCUGGUCCGAGGUAGCGAUGGUCAACGUGUGGAAUCCAAGGGUUUGAUAGUUAGUGACAAGUUGCUUCGGAGCAGCUCUGAUGACUUCAUGUGGCCAUUAGAAUACUCUGUGGCAUACGGUAGAUUUCUUGUGGAAAUUGAAUUUCACGAUUUGAAAGUAGCAUCCUCGCAUAGUGGCGAUCCACAUUCUAUCUGGACAGGCGAAGAAUACUUACAAUCGCGAGCUGAGGUUGGUAUAGCCCGGUGCCUGUCUCGAAUGCUGGAAGAGGGUCUUCACACCGACGUGACGAUUUGCUCGGCCACUGGUUGCGUAGGCGCUCACCGCGCUAUCCUUGCAGCACGUUCCCCUGUUUUCGAUUCCAUGUUCUCCCACAACUUGAUGGAAAAGCAGUCCGCCACAGUUCGCAUAAACGACAUGUGCCUGGAGUCUUGUCGUGCGCUCCUCAGCUUUUUGUAUGGGAAUUUGAAAUACCCAGACUUUCGAAAACACAGGGUUGCCCUCGUGCGGGCGGCGCACAAAUAUGACAUCGUGGACCUGAAGGAGGCCUGCGAGUCGAGCUUAGUAGACGACAUCGACGGUAGCAAUGUGUUAGUCAGGCUGCAUGACGCAUGGCUCUACCAGCUCAAGGAUCUGAAGCGUGAGUGUUUGCGCUACCUGCUUGAAUUUGGUAAGGUCCAUGACUUGCGCAACGAGUUCGACGCAUUCCUGCAAGACGUCGACAAGGAUCUCGUAGUUGAGCUUGUGCAGGAACAAAUCAAACUGCUCAAAAUACAUGGCUUGUAAAAUAACUGUCGGUGUACCCUGCGUCGUGUCUUUCUCUCUACCCAUCUGUUGACUUCAAAUCGCACGAUAGAUUCAUUCCUUUCAUUAGAAUGUUGUCUUAUAUAACCUUUGAAUCGUUUCCUUCUCACAAAUUCUGUAGCAAUGCACCUCCACACAAUCUAUGACAUGUGAUUCAUUGUUGAUCAUAAUAGAAGAGGGUGUUAGAGGAAGAAGAUUGCUUGAGGAAGUUUGUGUAGAGAAUGGAGAAACCAAUAGAACAUCAACUUGGAAUUCAUUAAAUAGUGCAUCUUUUGAGGGGAUAGGAGGAAGAUUUUUUUACUUUAGAAAAAUUUGUCUUUAGUAUUUAGUAUUAUGAUUGUGUUUGGUUGUCUUUUGGAGAUAAGAAACAAUUGAUAAUAAUAAAAAUAAAAUAGCAUAAUAUGUAUUAUAACUAA